AUGCCCUACCUCCAUUUUGCAUCUGCCUCCUUUGAUCUGAACAUGAAUCCUGCAUCCCUGAAUCCCCUUGCUCCCUGCAUCGCUGCUGCAUCCCUCCAUCCCCGCAUCCUCCUGCAUCCCCGCAUCCUCCUGCAUCCCUCCUGCAUCCCAGCAUCCUCCAGCAUCCCCCCCGACCCCACUGGGGCUGUUGGAGGCCGGGGCCGGGGCGGGGUGGUGCAGGUGCAGGCGAGGCCGCCUGGGCUUGUUAAACUUGGGGUGCAUUGCAUCACGGGUCAGAAGGUUGCCAUCAAGAUCGUGAAUCGGGAGAAGCUGUCGGAAUCAGUGCUGAUGAAGGUGGAGCGAGAGAUCGCCAUCCUGAAACUCAUCGAACACCCGCACGUGCUCAAGCUCCACGACGUGUAUGAGAACAAGAAAUAUUUGUACCUGGUUCUGGAGCACGUGUCUGGGGGUGAGCUAUUUGACUACUUGGUCAAGAAGGGGAGACUGACGCCCAAGGAAGCCCGGAAGUUCUUCCGCCAGAUUGUGUCGGCAUUGGACUUCUGCCACAGCUACUCCAUCUGCCACAGGGACCUGAAGCCAGAGAACCUGCUGCUGGAUGAGAAGAACAACAUCCGCAUCGCAGACUUUGGCAUGGCAUCCCUGCAGGUGGGGGACAGCCUCCUGGAGACCAGCUGCGGGUCCCCCCACUAUGCGUGCCCAGAGGUGAUCAAGGGGGAGAAGUAUGACGGCCGCCGGGCAGACAUGUGGAGCUGUGGUGUCAUUCUGUUUGCCCUGCUCGUGGGAGCUCUGCCUUUUGAUGAUGACAACCUUCGCCAGCUGCUGGAGAAGGUGAAACGAGGCGUCUUCCACAUGCCCCACUUCAUUCCUCCUGACUGCCAGAGUCUCCUGAGGGGAAUGAUCGAGGUGGAACCGGAAAAGAGGCUCAGUCUGGAGCAAAUUCAGAAACACCCAUGGUACCUAGGUGGGAAGCACGAGCCAGACCCGUGCCUGGAGCCAGCCCCGGGCCGCAGGGUAGCCAUGCGGAGCCUGCCUUCAAACGGAGAGCUGGACCCGGACGUCCUGGAGAGCAUGGCGUCGCUGGGCUGCUUCAGGGACCGCGAGCGGCUGCACCGGGAGCUGCGAAGUGAGGAGGAAAACCAAGAAAAGAUGAUCUAUUAUUUGCUCUUGGAUCGGAAGGAGCGGUAUCCCAGCUGUGAAGACCAGGACCUGCCUCCCCGCAAUGAUGCCGACCCACCUCGGAAGCGUGUGGACUCCCCCAUGCUGAGCCGGCACGGCAAACGGAGACCCGAGCGCAAGUCCAUGGAAGUCCUGAGCAUCACGGAUGCUGGCGGGGGUGGAUCCCCAGUGCCCACCAGACGGGCCUUAGAGAUGGCCCAGCACAGCCAGAGGUCCCGCAGUGUGAGUGGAGCCUCCACUGGUCUGUCCUCCAGCCCUCUGAGCAGCCCAAGGAGUCCAGUCUUCUCCUUCUCACCUGAGCCCGGCGCUGGAGACGAGGCCAGGGGUGGAGGCUCCCCAACUUCCAAAACGCAGACUCUGCCUUCUCGGGGCCCCAGAGGCGGGGGUGCCGGGGAGCAGCCCCCUCCUCCCAGUGCCCGUUCCACACCCCUGCCCGGACCCCCAGGCUCCCCGCGCUCUUCCGGGGGCACUCCGUUGCACUCACCCCUGCACACACCCCGGGCCAGCCCCACUGGGACCCCGGGGACGACGCCACCUCCCAGCCCAGGCGGCGGCGUCGGGGGAGCAGCCUGGAGGAGUCGUCUCAACUCCAUCCGCAACAGUUUCCUGGGCUCCCCUCGCUUCCACCGGCGCAAAAUGCAGGUCCCCACCGCUGAGGAGAUGUCCAGUUUGACGCCAGAGUCCUCUCCAGAGCUGGCCAAGCGCUCUUGGUUUGGGAACUUCAUCUCCCUGGACAAAGAAGAACAGAUAUUCCUCGUGCUAAAGGACAAACCCCUCAGCAGCAUCAAAGCGGACAUCGUCCAUGCCUUCCUGUCGAUCCCCAGCCUGAGUCACAGUGUAUUGUCACAAACCAGCUUCAGGGCUGAGUACAAGGCCAGCGGCGGCCCCUCCGUCUUCCAGAAGCCUGUCCGCUUCCAGGUGGACAUCAGCUCCUCCGACGGCCCAGAGCCCUCACCCCGUCGAGAUGGCAGCAGUGGGGGUGGCGUCUACUCCGUCACCUUCACCCUCAUCUCUGGUCCCAGCCGACGGUUCAAGCGAGUGGUGGAGACCAUUCAGGCCCAGCUGUUGAGCACUCAUGACCAGCCCUCCGUGCAGGCCCUAGCAGAUGAGAAGAACGGAGCCCAGACCCGGCCUGCUGGCGCUCCGCCCCGAAGCCUGCAGCCCCCCUCCAGCCACCCAGACCCUGAGCUAAGCAGCUCCCCGCGCCGAGGCCCCCCCAAGGACAAGAAGCUCCUAGCUACCAAUGGGACCCCUUUGCCCUAACGCCAGGGGGCCAGGGAAGGAGGGGAGCCCCCUCUACCCGCCUUCCCUGCCCCUCCCCAACUGUGAAUCUGUAAAUAAGGCCCAAGGAAUAUGUCGGGAGGGGGGCGACACACAAAACCCGGCUUCACCCUGCAGGGAUGGGGUUCUAGGGGUCGU